GCUGGUUGCAGUGCGGUGACUCAGGGGACAAGCCACAUCUAAGGCCAAAGGCCUGCUGAGUGCAAUGGAGUCCCGGUGUUCUAAGAAGGGGCGGAUGGAUUCACCCACUGUCUUUCUCCUCACUGUUCCCCCUGGGUUUUCCUCUUCAGGACUGAAGCACUCGAAGUUUGGUGGCUGGCAAGCAAGCAAAAUAAGUGUGAGUAAGGGUCGAAGGGAGACCGAGAGACGCCUUUGCUCGUCGACGUCAGCGUCCUCUUUCCAAAGAGAAGUCCUUGGCCAAUUCCAGCGACGCUUCUGGACUUGAAGGAACAACCAAGAGAAUUGUCUCCCGGGAAGGGUAGUGUGCCAGAAGGAGCCUCAAGAAGACAUAUUAUGGUUGUGAUUUCGUCAACUGAAUCUUAAUGAGGCCUCGCCAAAAAGUUUGGGAAGCUCCUCCUGCGUUGUGAUUGAUUGGUAUGGAUUGUGCUUGGAGAGGAUCGGUGUCUUCAUCCGGAAAGGGAGUAAUCGCUUCAAAAUCGCUUUCAAUUGGUCGUUACCAGCGCUAUGUUUGCAAUUGAUAUCUUGAUCAAUCCUCAAAUCAUCUCAUGACCCAAUGAAUUCCUCCUCGUCGUAUGCACCUUCAAACGCAUUUUACCUGAUGGACCAUCCUCACAAAUGGCCUCAAAGGCCUCCAGAUCGGCUUAGCCUCGACUCGACUACAAACAUCUCAUCUUCAAAUGCAAAAUGUGAUCAAACGAAUUGCUUCAGUGUGCCUGGUGCAAAGACAAGCCGUGGAAGAGGAUUUGCCGUAACAAAAGGCUGGUUCAUACCAAUAGCGACAAUCCUGUUGGGGCUAUGCUUCUCUGUCACAAGCGCCCUUAAGAACGAAUUUCUUCCAAUCAACACCCUAUGUAAGCGCAGUCACAAGAGCUUCCUUUCCAACAUCCCCAAACCGGUUGAUGGCGCCGUGGUAAUUUCGAACAAUGAGCGCGACAUCAAUUGCGUGUUUACAUUUCAAACCGAGUCCAUCUUGGAGAGGUUCAUGCUUCGUUUCGAGGAACUGAACAUGGACUGCAACGACAAGCUUUUCAUCUAUGACGGAGCACAUGCAAUUGGAGCCCACAAGGCCAAUUUGUCUUGCGAAAAAACAAUCCACACCUUCGGCUCGGGCGGUGUCAUCUACACGCGUACCAACUUCAUCACUUUGAAGUACAUCACGGACUCUUGGGGAACCGACCAGAAUGGCUUCCGACUUGUGAUCACAGCUUUCAAAGACAAAAGUGGCGGAUGUCGAGAUGGAUUCCAGUGUGAGAAUGGGAUUUGCAUCGACAAGGACCUCGUUUGUGACAACAUCAACCAUUGUGGCGACGGCGAGGACGAACGCUCCUCGCAGUUCUGUUCCCUCAAGCGAACAGGAGCGUUAUUUUCUGCUAUAAUGAGUACUGGGCGAAUUUGCCCCUGUUUUGAUCAAGAGAGAGAAAACAACCAACUAGACUACAUGAACGGCGGGACUAUUCCCGCUAGACAUUCAGCAAUGGGAUUUCCACAAUGGUUUGGUGCCACAGCCGCGGAUUCAACCUUCCAAAGUGCCAUCAUAGUGGCCGGAGUCCUGCUGGUCAUGGGUAUUGUCAUUGCCAUCCUCAUAGUGAGGGUGCGUAAUCGACGAGAGCGUCGCAUGAACCGAAACGAGGCUCGAGCAGCUGUUUACAAAAGCAUGAACAACAAAGGUCGCAACGGGGCACCAACCGGUUACGUUCCGGUUGCUGCCAAUCUCUAUGCCACAACCACAACGACAACAGCUUUUCCGUCUGGUAGCACAGACAUCAUGGCCACGACCAGCUUAAUGGCCACUGGAAAUACUCAUCACCUUUUUGACUCGGCACCGCCUAUUCAAAACGACCCAUUUGCUGAAUCCAGCAUGGGUUUGACAAAGCUAAUUGACAACGCGGGAAACGCGAGUCACCCUGUGGAGGGGCGAGGGGAACUAAUAAUACUAAUGGCCACUCUAACCCGAAUAAUCCAGGCCACCAUCAUGGAAAUCAUUUUGGAAAUAAACCACUUUCACAUGCUCAAAACCACUUGGCUAGCAAUCAUGUAGGACACCAUCCACAUGGAUCCAUCCGAAGUCCGGCAACUGAAAGCGACGUGUCCUCAACAUACAAAGAUGCGGAAUGGUUUGUUUAGAGUGGAUCACUAAAGAUCAUCGUCAUAUCUUUUCUCAUAUCAAUUGGAAAAUUCUUCAAGAAGGCUCUUUUGAAUUCAAAGUCUUCGACGACGAAGAAGAAGAAUAAAUCACCACUACUUCGUACAUAAUCCAACUGUUAGCACAGCGGAGUGCAAUAUCAUCAUCGCCGUCAUCAUGAUCGUCAUUGACAGAAGAAAAGAAGGCAUAUCAACCCCCCCACAGGGUGAAAAAUCCAAGCUCAUGGUUAGUGAUAUGAAACGAAGAAGUCAGAAGAAAGUUAUUGGACUCUUUGAACCCUCCUAACCAUGAAAAUUAUUUACUCGAAAGAAGAAGACAUUUUAACAUAUUAUCUCCAGACUUGGCUAAUUAUGUGCAGCAGAUCCUAGAAUCUGAGUCAAACACACUGUCGCAAAACAAAGACCACAAUUGGUGGAUUGGGGCAUGACAAAAAGAAAAUUCAAUCCAAUGUCCAAUUCCAAUCCGUGACUCUUCAAAGCCAUAUGUUCAAACCUUGGUUGUGGCGAAAAUCCAUUAGCACCUCAGCACUUGCAAGAAAUUAAAAGAAAAUCAACGUCUACUACUGUGUCUCUCUGUAUCUCUCUCCAUAUGAAAGAACUCAAGUUAAUCCGGUAAAGCUGUGAUCAAAGCGAAUUUUCUACAGAACUCACACGUUCCAGAAGGAAUUUCUUUCUUUGAGUCUUCUUUUUCGACCUACUCGGAACACUGAUGGUUUUCACAGGGUCGAUGCCCAUGAGGGGGCGGUCUCUCCAACUCCAACCUUAUGGCAUCACCAAGUAACCCCACCGCCCUAACAAAACAAAUCUUGUUUCUUAUCUUGACUUCAGAACUCUACCAUUCAAACUCCACCCCAACAAUACUUAGGUUGUGACUUGUGAGUAUGUGUCACCCUGAAUGUUUCUAUACGGUUUUGGCCUUUUUGGGAAAAAGCCCCUUCCUUUUCUCGUGUCCCUUUUUCGGCACACAUGCCUCAUGUUUCCUUGUCCUUCAACCCUGUUUCUUUGAUCUUUCAUCACCAUUGGAAGGCAAAUAGGUACAAACUACGAACCAAUCUAGAACCUUGGACCUCAAUUUGAGUACAAUUCAGAAGGUCAAGUGCAUUUAAUACAUGUUCCUGUUUCAAAUUUUCUAAUCUUUGAUCUCCCACUAAGAACCCUAAGAACCAACGGCAUCUUAGUUCAAUAUCAUUACAACGAUUCCGAAAGCGGCACCAUCAUUUUUGUACAAAGAAGACCACCUUUCAAGCAUUUUAUGUUGUUUCCAUAGUUUCAUAGCGAAGGAAAUCUCGAAGUUGUUAAUGGUCGGCAUUAUCAAUAUCAUAAUGAGCCUAACUAUCGAUUGGCCUCUCUGGCUCUCCAGAUAAACUCUCACUCUCUCGAGGACCCAAAUGUUGUUAUCUAAAAAAUGAAAUAAAUCCCUUACCAAUCAGA